CGUAAACAAGUGUUCGAUCGAUGUUUUUUUGUUUUUGUUGUCAAAAAUUUUUCGAUUUUUGAUUUUUGCUUUUCAAGAAUUUUUGAAGAAUUUUUUCAACCAGAUUUUCGUAAUCAAGAAUGUCCAUUUUAGCAUUAUCGAUUGUUAAUAAUCAUAAUACACCUGUAUUGAUUCGAACACGUAACCAAGAAUCAUCAACAAAUAAUGAAAUUGAUCUGUUAUUUAAAUUACAUUCAUCAUUAGAUGUUAUUGAUGAAAAACAAUUAAAUCGUGAAACAUUUCUUGGAUUAUUAACACAAAGUGAUCAAUAUAAAAUUUUUGGUUAUUGUUCAGCGACGAAUAAUAAAAUUCUAUUAAUGGUUGCGAAUAAUCAAACAAUUCGUGAUAAUGAAGCACGAGCUAUAUUGAAAACAUUACAUAAUCAUUUUGUUGAUUGUACAACAUCCAAUCCAUUCUACGUACAUGGUCAGCCUAUUCACUCAAAACAUUUGAUGCGAAAAAUUGAUGAAAUUUUUGGCUAACGAAUACCUCCUCUCUCCAUUUUUGCCCAUGUUUAUCAAUAAAAGUUUUAUCAAUCAGUUUUUUUCUUUUUUGACAAUUUUCUGUUUCCAUUCGAAUAUUCAAGGUUCGUUGCACUUGAUCAUCAUUUUUUUGGGUUGUCAAAGAUGGACAAAAAAUCGAU